CCACGAUGCAGUCAUCUAACCCGUUCGCCUAUGCUACGCAGGUGCCUGCCCCACUUAUCACCUGGAUGCUACUACUGACCCUGGUUCCCGCCCCUUCCGAUGCCACGGCUCCCAGCGAACCCGUUCGCUUCGAGUGUCCUGCCGGCCUUUCUAAUCUGUCCACAACUUCAAACAGUCAGACAGCGCCCCCACUGCUGUUCCUCGACUGUCCCCGGAUUCCCCUACGGUCAUCGACAACAGCCGACGCGGCGCCUAUAAAGCUGCCUCACCUACGCGCGGCGCUCUGUGGGCUUGGUGGCUGUGCCACGAUGCAGUCAUCUAACCCGUUCGCCUAUGCUACGCAGGUGCCUGCCCCACUUAUCACCUGGAUGCUACUACUGACCCUGGUUCCCGCCCCUUCCGAUGCCACGGCUCCCAGCGAACCCGUUCGCUUCGAGUGUCCUGCCGGCCUUUCUAAUCUGUCCACAACUUCAAACAGUCAGACAGCGCCCCCACUGCUGUUCCUCGACUGUCCCCGGAUUCCCCUACGGUCAUCGACAACAGCCGACGCGGCGCCUAUAAAGCUGCCUCACCUACGCGCGGCGCUCUGUGGGCUUGGUGGCUGUGCCACGAUGCAGUCAUCUAACCCGUUCGCCUAUGCUACGCAGGUCAGUAAGCUGUAUUGUCUUUUCACAAAAAAAUCAAGCGACUACUGUCUUCUGCAGCUACCAAGCCCACAGUGCUGCCUUUCCGUUGCUAUUGAGUGUGCUGAUGUUGUACGUGCUUUGUUGUUAUUGGCCGGCGAUGUCGAGACAAACCCAGGUCCUGACGCGGUUCUCGAUGAACUAAAAAAAUUAUCUGCUGGUCAGUCACAACUACUCACCGAGGUUCAAGGUCUUAAAAAUCAACUAAAAACUACGGAACAAGCUAUAUCUGCCCUCAGUAACAGAUUAUCCGACCUAGAAACUCACUAUCAAGACCUGGUUGCCCUACGCACCGAUAUAGAUUCGAUAUGCGCUAAUGCCACCCAAACAGCCAAAGACAUCAGAGAAAUAGAAGCCCGCCUGGAUGACGCGGAAAAUCGCUCGCGGCGCAACAAUCUAAUUUUUUAUAAUAUCGCAGAUAACAAUAAAUCGGAAACCUACGCCGAAUCUGAAGAAACAGUCCUUCGCCUCUGCCGUGAUCAUCUAAAUAUAACCAUUGACCCGAAAGAAAUUGAACGGGCUCACCGUCUUGGACGCCAUUCUGCUGGGCGUGUUCGCCCAAUAAUUGUUAAAUUUACAUUUUUUAAAACCAAGGAGUUUAUCCUUUCCAAUGGCCGUAAGUUGAAAGGGACUGAUUACGGCAUUGGGGAAGACUUUUCACGCCCUGUCCGAAUCGCACGAAAGCACCUCAUUACAUAUGCCAAAACUAAAGCCACAAAAUUUUCCUUGCGCUACAAGACAUUGUCCAUUGGCCCUAAGCGCUAUGUAUUCGACGAGCCAUCGCAAACGAUAAAAGAAAUCGCAUAGCAUACGGCCCGUCGUCAAGUAACUAAACUUCCUCGUAACAGCCCUCGCGGUAAAUUACCAGCUCUUUCUUUUUCUAUUAUCUUUACAAAUAUACGCAGUUUCCUCCCCAAGCGCGAGCACAUUUGUAAUCUUGUUUCAUCAUCGGCCAGCAACAUACUUAUACUAACGGAAACAUGGCUAACAGAUGACAUCACCGAUACAGAAGUUUUAGCUGACCUACCUAACUUUAAUAUUUUCCGUAAAGACCGCAAGGGCUCCAGAGGAGGAGGUGUUCUAAUUGCCACUAACCAGCAAUUGCCCUGUUCAGUCAUUAACAUCCCAUCAGAACUUGAAAUACUAUGGGUAAUCUGCCGUUCUGCACCUCAAACCGUCAUACUAGGCGUCUGCUACAGACCCCCCCACAGCUAUCCCAGUUUUGCUUGUAACCUAAAUGAUAGCCUAAAUCAACUUAAUGCUGCACAUCCCAACGCGCGCAUCCUUCU